CAAAACCCGGGUAUUUUUUUCACCGCCUCAGUGCAGAGCUACCCGAUCAGCUGUUAGCAGUCGGCGGGGGAAACAUUACCGGCUUUAAUCCUGCGGAUCUCGGCUCUUCUAACUCACCCAAAAUACCGCCUGCUUUGCCAGAUCAACAUGGCGAACCGAAAACGACCAUUUGAUGCAGCUUUGACCCCCGAUGACAAUUUCAAAACACCAGAGAAGAGAGUGUCAGUGGUCCGGCUGCAGGAGUCGGACUACACGCAGUGGGGUGUGGAAGAAACGUGUCGGUACCUCCGAAGAGAAGCUCUUGGAGAAUGGGAAGAAACAUUUAAAGCACAAAAAAUCACAGGUGUUGGCUUAAGGUAUCUCACGGAUGCAGAUCUGGAGAAGAUUGGCAUAAAGUGCCUCGGUGACCGUCUGAAGAUCCUACACAGCCUCAGGAAGCUGUGGCACAUGGAAGCUGAGCCAAAUAAGGUGUUUAAUGAUCCCAUCCACGGGCAUGUGGAGUUACACCCUCUUCUCAUCAAAAUCAUCGACACACCUCAGUUCCAGAGGCUCCGAUACCUCAAGCAGCUAGGAGGGACAUACUUUGUCUUCCCCGGAGCAUCUCACAACCGGUUUGAGCACUCCAUUGGGGUGGGUCACUUGGCAGGACGGCUUGUACAAGCUCUGCAUUACAAGCAGCCAGAACUCCUCAUCUCUCGCAGAGACAUCCUUUGUGUUCAGAUCGCUGGGCUCUGCCAUGACCUGGGACACGGGCCGUUCUCCCAUAUGUUUGACGGGAUGUUCAUCCCCAAAGCACGUCCAGGAACUACCUGGAAGCAUGAGAAGGCCUCUCUAGCCAUGUUUGACUACCUGGUGAAUGACAAUGGCCUGAAGCCGGUCAUGGAGCAGCAUGGCCUGGUGCUGCCUGAGGAUCUGGACUUCAUCAAGGAACAGAUUGCUGGACCACUGGACGCUAAUGCAGCUCAAGACCAGACAUGGCCGUAUAAAGGCCGUCCAGAAGACAAGUCCUUCCUCUAUGAAAUUGUGGCCAACAAAAGAAAUGGCAUUGAUGUGGACAAGUGGGACUACUUUGCCAGGGACUGCUACCACCUGGGCAUCCAGAACAACUUUGACUAUCGGCGCUUCCUAAAGUUUGCCAGAGUGUGUAAGGUGGAUGGACAGAAGCACAUCUGCACUAGAGACAAGGAGGUGGGCAAUUUGUAUGACAUGUUCCACACAAGGAACUGUCUCCACAGGAGAGCCUACCAGCACAAAGUGGGCAACAUCAUAGAGACUAUGAUCACAGAGGCCUUUUUAAAAGCAGACAAGCACAUCAAGAUUGAAGGCUCAGGAGGGAAGCUGUUCACUCUCUCCACAGCCAUAGAUGACAUGGAGGCCUACACCAAGCUGACAGAUCAUGUGUUUGAGCAAAUAUUGAACUCCUCCUCCCCGGAGCUGGCUGAGGCACGACAGAUUCUACGCAACGUCACCUGUCGACGCCUCUAUAAGUGUUUGGGCCAAACUCAGGCAGACAAACCCAUAAGUGUCACCCAGGAGAAGACUCACUCCUGGGAAGCAGAUUUGGCUCGAUCCACCCCUCAGAGUGGCACCCAGGGUGUGAGCCUUCAGCCAGAGGACUUUGUAGUCAAUGUCAUUUCUUUGGACUAUGGGAUGAAGGAAAAGAACCCCAUCAACAAUGUGCGUUUCUAUUGCAAAGAUGACAUAACCAAAGCCAUACAGAUUCGCAAAAACCAGGUGUCUAAGCUUCUUCCAGAGCAGUUUGCUGAGCAGCUGAUCAGAGUUUACUUCAAGAAGACAGAUGACAGGAGCCUGGAGGCAGCUAAGAAGCACUUUGUCCAGUGGUGCAUGGACAUGAACUUUUCAAAGCCUCGGGAUGGAGACAUAAUCGCACCUGAGCUGACUCCUCUGAAAACCAGUUGGUCGAACAACAACGAAGGCGAGGGUGACGAAGGUAGCAGUUCCAGAGCAGUAAACCAUGCUGCUGUAAAUGGACAACAGAAAGCCAAAAUGCAGCUUUUUAAGUAAGAGGUAGAGAGCACAUUUACCAAGCAUCUGUUACACAUUUGGUAGACGGGACAGUUUUGAGUGAAGAUUGUAUUUUUCUACAAAGUGAGUGUGUUGAUGAGCAAAGAUUUAAAAUCAUUACUUCUAUUUGAAAACAAUAUUCACGCCAAAAAGUUUCAUUUGAGAGGAUUUGUGCAAGCAUAUUCCGGGACUGCACUCAGGGUUUUUAUAGACAGUAUUAUUUACAUUUUUGUUUUAGUUUGAUAAUUCUUAAUUAGGUUUUAUUUUGGACUCCCCUUUCACAUUUUUAAGUUGAGUUAUUUAUACAUAUCAUGUAUUUGCAUCAUGCACUAUAGAUCAUGGUCAGUUCAGAUGAUUUAUGUCCACAUAUUUCAGGGCAGUGUGUUUUCCCGUUGAUGUGUUUCAGGGCAUUCUUUUAUUCAGCUUUUAAAAUACAUUAAAUCAAAAGUUACUUUACAUACAUACAAUUUCUGACAAUUCAAGUUAACAUUUGUUUUUAUUUGGGAUUUUGAUUUGAAGUGUGUUCUGGUUGAGUGUGUUUAUAAAAUACUUUAUUUAUUCUUUCAGUAAUUGGCUCAGCUUGAGUGUUUUUGUUUAAAGGUUUUUUCACCUCAUAGAUCUUUGCAACAUUUUAAUGCCUGUUUUGUAUACCAUGUAAAAUGUUUCCUCUUACCAGAAUGUGGUGCAGUCUAAUCAGUCUGUCCUGCCUUACAGCUGGUGGUUUUGUUUUGCUUGAUUGUAUAAAAAAUAUUUUUUGAGAGAAUGUAAAGGGAAACCUACCAAAGGGUUUGAAGAGAUCCUGUUAAUGCUACUACUAUUGAAAGGGGAUGAAAACAGUUUGAAAAUAAAACUCUUUGUCUCAGUCGUGU